UUAUUUAUCUCUGCACAGAGGAGUCCUCGGCUUCUCUGCGCUGAUACAGCAGCGGACAGUUUGUAUGUAUUUUCUCUCUCUGUCGUCUCAGAGCAUUUUCUCUCCGCAGCAGCUUUUUGUCGACAUAAUGUCAGAUUUCGAGGAGUUUGAGAAACAACUGAGCGAGAACCGACAAGAGAGGGAGAGGGAGCGGCACAGGAAGCGGAGUCGCAGCGGGUCUGCAGGCCGCGGCGACAAGCAUCGCAGCUGGAGCAAAGACCGAGGGAGCCGCAGCCGGGAGAAGAGGAGCCGCAGUCGGGACCGGAAGAGCCGGGACCGCCGCAGCUCCUCCAGGGAGCACAAGAAGCACAGCCGCUCACCAAGGAGAACGAGAAAGAAAAAGACAUGUAAAUACUGGGAUGUUCCUCCUCCGGGCUUUGAGCACAUCACACCGAUGCAAUACAAAGCUAUGCAAGCGGCGGGUCAGAUCCCGACCAUAGCUCUGCUGGCUACCGCCGCCACCACCGGAGUGGCUGCCGCGCCCGCGCAAGUUCCCAUCGUCGGCAGUCAGAUGACGAGACAAGCCAGGCGGCUGUACGUCGGGAACAUCCCGUUUGGCGUGACGGAGGAGUCGAUGGCAGAGUUCUUCAACGCUCAGAUGCGUCUGGCAGGCCUCUCACAGGCGCCCAGCAACCCGGUUCUGGCCGUCCAGAUCAAUCAGGACAAAAACUUUGCUUUCCUGGAGUUCCGGUCGGUGGACGAGACGACGCAGGCCAUGGCCUUUGACGGGAUCAUCUUCCAGGGUCAGUCGCUGAAGAUCCGACGGCCUCAUGACUAUCGGCCGUUACCUGGAAUCUCGGAGCAGCCGGCCUUCCAUGUCCCAGGCGUCGUCUCCACAGUCGUUCCUGACUCGCCUCAUAAACUUUUCAUCGGAGGCCUUCCUAAUUACCUUAACGACGACCAGGUGAAGGAGCUGCUGACGUCGUUCGGGCCGCUCAAAGCCUUCAACCUGGUGAAGGACAGCGCCACAUCGCUGUCCAAAGGUUACGCCUUCUGCGAAUACGUCGACAUCAGCGCCACCGACCAGGCGGUCGCCGGACUCAACGGGAUGCAGCUGGGCGACAAAAAGCUCAUCGUCCAGAGGGCCAGCGUGGGCGCCAAAAACGCUAAUCCUAACUCCAUCAUCGAGACGCCGGUGACGCUGCAGGUACCGGGGCUGCAGCGGCUGCAGAACUCCAGCCUGCCCACUGAGGUGCUGUGCCUCCUUAACAUGGUGAUGCCAGAGGAGCUGGUGGACGAUGACGACUACGAGGAGAUCCUGGAGGACAUCCGCGAGGAGUGCUGCAAGUACGGCAACGUCCGCUCCAUCGAGAUCCCCCGGCCCGUCGACGGCGUGGAAGUCCCCGGCUGUGGAAAGAUCUUUGUAGAGUACGUUUCUCCUGCAGACUGUCAGACUGCCAUGCAGGCCCUGACCGGCCGUAAGUUUGCUAACCGAGUGGUGGUGACCAAAUACUACGACCCGGACAUGUACCACCGACACGAGUUCUGAUCCACCGACCGACACGAGUUCUGAUCCACCAGACCGCUGGUCGGCCCGCUUCCUGUUACUCCUCUGGAGGGAAGCUGGAAAACCGUCACUGUGUCAUCGUCCUCUAAACCCGGAGCGCCACAGAGUCCAGAACCUCAGAUUAAUUCAUCCAGAUUAAACACAGCCUGGCGUUUCCAUGGAAUCUGGAUCAAUCUGGGAUUACAGUCAGGAAAGUUUUAGGUCUGGAAAACAAAAUCAGAAAAACUUUGGAAAUUAUAUUUUUCAGUACAUUUUC